AAACUGAAGACAGAGACAGGAGGGUUACGUCGAGAGUUUCCUGGCUGAAACAUGCCGUCCCACGUGUGAUAAUGAUACUAACUGCUUUAUAAUAUUAUCAUGGGGAAGAAUAAAACAAGUAAAACCAAGGAGUCAAAAAGACAAGCUGACAAAACCGCACGAAAUCCGAGCAAAAAGAAAAUUAAAGGAGAUGGAAAACCUACGAAAACCGCACAGGAAGACCACCUCCAACACAUUCCCUUCAGGCUCCGAGAGAUAAUGAAAAGCAAGGAUAAAAUGAAAAACGAAUCUUUGGGGAGCAAAAAGCUAAAAAAGGCCCUCUCGUUGCAGUCUAAACCAAAGGAUGCCCUGGAUGGAGACAUAGCUGUUCCUCGAUUCAGGAAGGGGAAGACAGAAAGUGUAGGUGCCUAUGUUAGGCGCAUGGAAAAUGAGACAAAACAUGUGCUAUUCCUCACAAAUAACCAAGUUGAGAGAAAACCUGAGCUUGAUUCGGACAAACAGGACAAGGCUGCAGGCACGGGGAAGUCAGAAAAGAAGAAGGAGUAUGCGAAAAUGAGACUGAGCAAACUGCAGCAGAAGAAGUUGGAUAAACAAGAGGACAAAAUAGAGAAAGAGUUGUUUGUAGAUAAUGUUCCAUUUGGUGAAGUUUCCAUGGCUCCUCCGUCUCUGAGCACCAAACCAAAGAAAGCUCCAAUCAAAACUCAGGCAUCAAAGGAGUUGCUCCUCAACUCUCUGCUCGGCCACAGCAUGGCUUCCACAGCGAAGCCCUCCAUGGCUAGACAGAGGAUGAUGGAGGAGGAGAGGCAGCGAGCAGUGGAGGCCUAUCGUCUGCUGAAGAAACAGAAACAACAGGAGCAACAGACCAGAAAAGCCAGCCUGGGAAAACUCUUGAACCUUGAGUGACAUCUAACGUCACUAAAAUCAAUAUGACUGCUCAUCUUCAGUUGGUGUUAUGGGCUGCAGCAGGUCUUGAUAUACAGAUUUGACAGAAUGAUAAUCUCCUCUAAAUUGCUUAGAGACUCUAUUUGCAAACACUUUACACCACAUUUUUAAAAAUAUGCAGGAUUCACCUGCUACUUUCAUAAAGUUGAGUUAGUAGGUAUUAGGACACUCAUAAAAGAGAGAUUAAACAUGUAUAAUUACUGGAAAACAUGUAACUGAGUAAACAUUGGAUUUCUCAAUGGGUUAAUUGUGUUGGUUGUUUCCUCAUAAAUGCUUGUUUGCAUUUACACUUCCUA